UCCACUUCAACAAAGAACCGUCCUCACCAGCUCCACAAUUAUCGCUGUUUUUAUCCGACAGAAGAGGAAUUGAAAUAAGAGAGACACACAAAAAUGAGAUCUUUAUUUCAAUCAAUAGUAAUUUUUACUCUCCAAAUUUCUUAUUUUUAGAAAACCCAUUUCUAAUUUCCCAUUCCAAAGAACUAUAGAGAGAGAGGGGAAAAAGAAAAAAAGAAGAAAAGAAGAAGAAUCAAUUCAAGCAGAUUGAUAGAGAGAAACAGAAAAAAAGAGACCAAAGAAGACAAAAGCAACUGCAUUUCUUCUAAUCUUCAAGAAAUAGAGAGGUUUCUGGCUUUUCCGAGUACACCCCUUUCAGAUGCCGGAAAAGGGGUUGCUUCCGGUGUCAUCAAAUCCAUGGCUUUUGAGGUCGUCUCCUUUAGUACAUUCCCGUUUUGGGGUUUUAACGGCGUUGUUUCUUCUCAGUAUGUUAGCCAUUUGGAGUAUCGAUGGUUGUAAUAUCAAAACUUUCAUUAAAGCUUGGAGUUCUCCUCAAGAUUUCGUCUCUGUUUCUUCUGAUUUCACCACUACCCUUCAAACUUUAUCCACUAAUGGUUCCAAUUUCACCCAAUUCAUCUCCUAUAAAGCCGAAAAGAAUUACCCAGAAUCGGUGUUGAUUGAACCCCUUCCGCCGCAUAAUUCCUCCAUCGAGCCUCGCCGGAACCAGAGCAAACCGGCGGUUCACCAUGAGUCUGCCUCUGAUUGGUUUUCAGCUGAACUUGAGCCGAAUUUCACCUCCCAUCUUCUUGCUCUUUGGUUGGCUCCCGGCGGUGACCCUUGCAGAGACUCGAAGACGGUGGACAUUGCCAUCUCCGGCAUGGAAAGUCCGGGAUUGGUGAAGCUUUCAACAGGAGAUGUUCAUGAGUUUCGAUUCCAGGCUGUUGAUGAAUCUGGGAACCCUCGUUGUUUAGGUGGAGAUUAUUUUGAGACUGAUCUUUCUGGGGAUUUGUGGAAAUCUCGACCGUUUGUUAAAGAUUUUGGUAAUGGGACUUACUCGUUUUGGCUUCAGGUGCACCCUGAUUUCGCCGGAGAUUAUAAUCUCACUGUAAUUCUUCUGUUUCGACAUUUGGAGGGGCUGAGGUUUUCCCCGACCCGAUUUGCCUACGAUCGAGAACUUCGUAGAAUCAAGGUUCGAUUCGUUAAGAAUUCGGUUGUGUUGCCGGAGAUAAAAAUGUGUAAGAGCUUUGAUUUCGGUAGAGAUAUUUGGACUGGGCGGUGGACUCGACACGGUCGAAAUGACAGUUGCAAAAUCAGCGAUGACGGUCGAUACCGGUGUUUUCCGCCGGAUUAUCCUUGCCAGAGCCCUUGGUGUAAUGGCUCAUUAGGGUUGUUGGAGAGUAAUGGAUGGGUUUAUUCUGCUCAUUGUUCAUUUCAGAUGUUUUCUAGUAGUUCUGCUUGGGAUUGCUUGAAGGGUAGAUGGAUCUUCUUUUGGGGUGAUUCAAAUCAUGUCGAUACCAUAAGAAACCUUCUCAAUUUUGUGUUGGAUUUGCCUGAGAUCCCUGCAGUUCCGAGGCGAUUCGAUAGGAAUUUUUCGAAUCCAAAGGACCCGUCUCAAAUGGUGCGCAUUACGAGCAUAUUCAAUGGGCAUUGGAACGAUACACAAAACUAUGAAGGUCUGAAUUCAUUGAGAAAUGAAGGGUUUAGAAAUCUGCUGCAAAAGUGCUUCUCAGAAGAAACCGUUCCCGACACGAUCAUCAUGAACUCGGGCCUCCAUGACGGUGUUCAUUGGUUAAAUAUCCGAGCUUUCUCAGUUGGAGCAACCUAUGCUGCAUCUUUCUGGAAACAAGUUUUGGAAUCAAUUAAGCAGAGGGGUUUAACAGUCCCGAAAGUGUUCUACCGAACCACGGUUGCAACCGGUGGCUAUGCUCGAACGCUUGCCUUCAAUCCUAACAAAAUGGAAAUGUUCAACUGGGUGGUGCUGGAUAAGUUGAAGGAGGCGGGGAUCAUCCACAGCGUGAUCGACAAUUUCGACAUGACAUUCCCCUGGCAUUUCGACAAUCGGUGCAAUGACGGAGUCCAUUACGGGCGAGCACCAGCGAAGCUGAAAUGGAAGGAUGGGGAAAUCGGGCACCAAUAUUUCUUAGACCUCAUGUUAGCUCAUAUUCUUCUCAAUGCACUCUGCACUUGAUUGAUCCAACCAAGUAAGAAGAAGAAGAACAAAAUCUGAAAAAUCCAUUCUUUUGAGUUUAGAUUCAGAACAACAUUCUUUGGUAGCUUAAGAUAUGGUAUGGGCUUUAAUGGAGGAUUUUCCAAGUUGAUAUUGAAGAAGUGAACUCCAUUGGAGUUGAAACCAAAAACAAGCAGCAGAAAAUCGUUGGUAUUUUGGUCUGUAAAUUUUGAUGGGUGAGUGGUGGGGAUAAUUUAUACUUAGCCUAAUGUUUGUAUUUACAUAAUGGUAAUAAUGUAUAAUUUGAUUAUUUGUUCUUCAGAAUUUUGAGAUUGUUGCAUUAUGGUUGUUGGUUCUUUUGAGAUGGAAUGUAUAAAUCAUUUGUUGA